CGCACAGGGAUCACUAGACUCCCGUCCGCCAAGGCGUUCAGUCGCUUUGGCUUCUUCCGCCCAACCGGAUCUCCCCCGUUCUUCUCACCGCCGAGUCCAAUCUCUUUCUUCUGUAUAUUACCACACUCCGCAAUUGACGUUCAUUCUUGUUGUCGACGACCAUCCGCUUUUCAAAAAAAAAUCUUUAACAUCGUGCGUCAAAUUCAUCCAUGUUCGGCUGUUUUACGUUAACACGCACACAAAACAAAACGUGUUGGUGUUUAUUAGUUUUGCUCGACUGUCGUUCGUAUCCUAACCAACGAAACCUCUCAAGACACGCAGACAAGCGCCAGUGCGUUUUGCCCAUCAGUUGUCAAAACAUUUGGGAGCUUUUAUUUUUAUUUUUGCUCUACAUGUUCAUCUCCCGAAGCGGCCCGAAGUCAACAACAGAAGUCACUUGUUUUUUGACAUUUUGCGUGCGUGUCUGACGACUCGAGAGGAUCGUCUCAACAAAAGUGAUCCAGUGGUUUUUAUCGCCUCCAGUUCAACGCAACAACAAGAUCCAAAAAAAACAAAACAAAAACAAAAGAAAGUGUCUAGAAGUCGUGUUAGUUUUCAUUCUUUCCUUCUUCUGAGUGCAAAUUCUCAUACAUAAAAAGGCCGCGCAUUCUUGAAUUUCUUAAAAGAAAGGAAGAAAAAACAGCGAAAACAAAAUGGCGGUGCCUAGCGGCCAGCAACAGCAGGUGGUGGACGCUAAUAGAACGAAGAGGACGAGGGCCAAUCACGAGCCUGGACUGUACGAUCUGCCUAGUUUUUACAGUUCGGAUUACGUUGCCCGGACAGAGAUUCCAAUCGAGACGGGAGUGGAUCCAUCAGGCCGAACGAACGACGCAUCGUUCAGGACGACCACGACGGACGGCCCGUCUAAAGAAGACUCUGAAUCAGGUGGUCGUCAAGCAACAGACUCGUCUAACAACGCGGGACUUUAUCGCAAUAAGUGCGUCUCAUUCCUGGCGCUAGUUGCUGGACUAGCGGCUUUCGGUUGCUCUUUGGCCGCUCUGGCCGGCACCACCAACUGGGUCGACACGUGGGAACCGAUCGACUUGCCACCGACGCAAGACUGGCCGCUCUUAUUUGGAACGGGUUACGGCAGUUUGAUCCCCAGUCGUUCCAAAACAUCGACUCAAUCGAAAUCUUCGUCGUCCCUGACGACGAAAGCAACGGCCAGCGGUUUCGCCACCAGUCGUCCAGACCUGGCGGCGGCCAAAUCGAAUUGGGAGCGUUUGCCCAUCCACGCGAUGGAGAACGUGACGCUCAGUCCGUCGUUGUCAGCUGGAACGAGCCGGCCGACGACGACGGUAGCGCCCACGCGCCCUCCUCCCGUCGAAGAAGACGAUGAAUUCGAUUACGAUGAUGACGAUGAUUAUUACGCUCAAGACGAAGGCCGCCAGCCGAUGGAUGAUCAAGUUGUCAUGUUGCGUCACGAAGAACAAGACGAAGACGACGAGCAAGUUGGCGCCGACGGCCAGCAGCAGAUGAGGCGCACGUUGAUUGUCGUCUUCCACGUCGGACUGUUUCGUGCCUGUCCAGUUCUCAAGGGAGAACUGCCUUCCAGUGUCGUGUUGCCGAAUUUGCCGUGCGCACCGCUCGAAUACACCAACUGGCGGCCGUUGACUGGUCUCAGCUUCCGCUUAUGGAGGAACGUUGAAUACACACCUGAUUUCCUCAACAAACUCAGGUACGCUACACCUUGUUUUAUGCUGGGCACCUUUCUCGGAUUGGUGGCUGUCAUCAUCGCCAUUGGAGGACGUUGCACCGGCCCCGAUCGAACUCUCAUUUGCAGUUCAUUGCACAUUUUAGCAGGCUUGUCUCUCGGGAGCGGAUUGAUCAUUUUCGUCUCCGUCCUUCACGAAGAGUUCAGCCUGCCUUCGCUGCGAUCGUCGCGCCACUCUGGUGGGUGGCCAUCCGUCUCUUCAUCUCAGCGUUUCUAUAACGGAGACGCGGCAGUUGGGCCAGCUGCUGGAAGUGCUUUGUACUCGGACAGUAGGAGCUUAUUGACCGCUACGAUUGCGGCGCCGACAGGACAACAACAAUCAGCCGCUAGUAGCGGACUUGUCUCGGCCGCGCUCGUUCCAUCCUUCCGCUACGGUUGGUCGUUUUACGCGGCGCUGGCCGCUUUCGUCAGCUCCGAAUUGGCGGCCGCCGUUUACAUCAUUUUGCACACGCACAUAUUUAAAUGGGCCAGUCGGACUAGAGCGGCAGCGGAAGCCGCAGCCAUUUCAUCCGCUAAAUUGCUGAUGACAACUAACACGGGCCCAUCCUCUUGCGGGUCAUCUUCUAGUAAAGACAUCGGCAUCCAAACGUUCUCCGCUUUCUUCAGCCUCGCUUCUAAUGAUGAUGGAAAAGCGUUCGAUCGAAGCUCCGAGUCCGACGUCUUCAGCCAUUGCUGACGUCACGCACCAUCACAACCAACAAGUUGGUGUGGUUGGAAAUGAAGUUUUGUUCUUGAUCGCGGCACGGGGUAAGUGAGCAAGUUCAAGCGGAACGAUUGGCGGGAAUUCGCAUGUCGGGAUUGAUAAAAGCAUAACGCACGUGAGUGUAUACCCGAUAUAUAUUCACCCGAUAAUUGAAAAUACGCCAGCAGAUGAUCAAGGCCCCUUUUUCCCAUCAAAGGUUUCUCUCUCUUUCUCCCAUGUCUCGUUUUCCAAUUACUGAGCCGCCGCGCCCACUCUUCGUGUGUCUGUAAUGCCAACAUCUAAUCGUAUUUUCUUCCCUCUCGUUUCGCUUUUGAUUGACAAAGAGAACAAAAUAAAAAAGAAACCCCUGAAGCCGUUGCUGUGAUUGCCGGCCCUUCCCCUUCACGUCUGUAUUUUUGUAGCUUCCGAUUCGUUGCUUUCCUUCUCUAUUGAUCUCUUUCCCUUUUUUCUAUCUUUAUAGCUCCAACACUCUUCGAUAUAAAGAACAAAUCAAAGAGAACAAGAUUUCCCUUUUUCUUUUCACCAGCAAGUGAUAGACAAGAGGCGUUGAGUGUGUUGUAUAGCUGCAAAGGAUUUUUAUUUCAUUUUUUUUUGUCUUUUCCAAUUUGCGUUGAAAGUGUCUCUGAUUGAAAAAAAAAAUUACUGUCCUUUCAA